AUGAAACUUGGGUUGUAUGGCCUAAACACAACCCGCCACAGCUUUCACCUUAUUGUUUCUUGGGCAAGCCCCCAAAACCCAGCUCGAGGCCUCUUCACCUUAUCCGUUGAUGGCAACGACUUGUCGAAGCUUUCGGUUUGGCGAGGAGAUGGAGCCAAAAUGGACAUAGCUUCCUGGGACGGACAUAGCAUCCGGUUUAUUUUUGACAACUCAACCGGGCAGAACAAUAAUAACAAUGACUACAAUUUUAGCUACCAUGCUAAUGCAUAUGAGGCCUACUACAAUUUUAGCCACAGUAGGAACUACGACCUCAUGUGGUUCGUGAUGGCUUCCACCGGAAACCUGGACCAGUAUUUCAUGGUGGAUGGGAAGAUUUCUGUUAGGCCUCAUGCUUUGUGUGCUGAUUCGGCUGGUGGUAAUUCUGGUAGGUGCUUGACUUCAAUACCGUUCGAGUGUGGGGAUGGUAAGUUUUAUGAGAUGAAUGGUUCUUUGCCAUCUACUUUCAGUGGUACUGGUUUCAUUUCUACGGGGACUACCGAGUGUGAAACUUUGUGCAAGUCCAAUUGUUCUUGCACUGCGUUCGCUGCACUUCAGAAUGAACAACCGCCAGGAUGUCAACUCUAUUUUGGGAGCAAACAUGAUCUGUUGAAGAUCAUAGAGAAGGGGGCAGGGAUUGUUUACAUCCGGGGUAGUGCUCCAAGUGAUAGCAAGAAGUGGAAACUCUGGCUGGCUGUCUUGCUUCCUUUGGCAUUCCUCUUGGUUCUUAUUGCAAUCUCCUUAUCCUAUUAUCUGCGUGGGAGAAGGCGACGUAAAGAAGAUCAAUUAGCAAGCAGAGGAGAUGCCGUCGCGGAUUCUGAUCAUAUGAGAUUAUUUCAAAUGAGCUCCCCUAAUGCGUCACCAAUUCAUCAUGAUGAAGUUAGAGGUGCAAGUAACAUAGAACUGGGAAGACAGAAGGAUCAAGAUUUGCCAUUUUUUAGUUUUUCCACAAUAAAGAAUGCAACAAAUUACUUUGCAGAGGCUAAUAAACUUGGGGAAGGUGGAUAUGGGCCUGUCUAUAAGGGUAAGUUGCCUCUAGAAGAUCAGGAAGUUGCAGUGAAAAGGCUGUCCAAAAUUUCCAGGCAAGAUUCAUCCAAAAAGGCACUUUUGGAUUGGAGAAGGCGCUUUCACAUUAUUGAAGGGAUUGCUCAAGGGCUUCUUUAUCUUCACAGAUACUCGAGAUUACGGAUCAUUCACCGUGAUUUAAAGACAAGCAAUAUUCUGUUGGACGGUGACAUGAACCCGAAAAUUUCAGAUUUUGGCAUGGCAAGGAUUUUUGGGGAUGAUGACACUAGAGGAAAAACAAACCGAGUUGUUGGUACAUUUGGUUAUAUGUCUCCGGAGUAUGCGAUGGACGGCCUCUUUUCUGAAAAAUCAGAUGUGUUCAGCUUUGGGGUGAUCUUAUUAGAGAUCAUAAGUGGAAAGAAGAACAUAGCCUUCUUUGAAACUGAUCAUUCUCUUAACUUACUAGGCAGAACUUGGAAUUUUUGGAAAGAAGGCAAGAGCAUGGAGUCGAUGGAUUCAACAUUGAGUGCCUCAUGUUCAAGCAGUGAAGUUACGAGGUGCAUUCAGAUGGGUCUUUUGUGCGUGCAAGAAAGAGCCAUGGAUCGACCAAACAUGUCAGAUGUUGUUUCGAUGCUAAGCAAUGAAACAAUUGCUCUGCCUCUUCCAAAAGAACCUGCAUUUUUGAGUCAAUUAAGUUCCACUGAUGCAGAUUCAUCUUCAAGUAGGCAAAGACAUCGAUCGAGAAAUGACAUAACGAUUUCAGAUGUAGAUGGCAG